CUCCACUGUCCCCUGCCGAGAGACGAUGAGCAGUCAAGGCAACAGCCUGUUCCUGCGCGAAAGCGGCCAGCGCCUGGGCCGGGUGGGCUGGCUGCAGCGGCUGCCCGAGCGCCUGCAGCAGAGAGCCCUGCGCGCGCGCCUGCGCCUGCAGACCAUGACCCGCGAGCACGUGUUGCGCUUCCUGCGGCGCAACGCCUUCAUCCUGCUCACCGUCAGCGCCGUGGUCAUCGGGGUCAGCCUGGCAUUUGCCCUGCGCCCUUACCAGCUCACUUACCGCCAGAUCAAGUACUUCUCCUUUCCUGGUGAGCUUCUCAUGAGGAUGCUGCAGAUGCUGGUGCUACCCCUCAUUGUCUCCAGUCUGGUCACAGGUAUGGCGUCUCUGGACAACAAGGCAACAGGGCGGAUGGGGAUGCGGGCAGCUGUGUACUACAUGGUGACCACGGUCAUCGCGGUCUUCAUCGGCAUCCUCAUGGUCACCAUCAUCCAUCCCGGGAAGGGCUCCAAGGAGGGGCUGCACCGUGAGGGUCGCAUUGAGACCAUCCCCACAGCUGAUGCCUUCAUGGACCUGGUCAGAAACAUGUUUCCACCCAACCUUGUGGAGGCCUGCUUCAAACAGUUCAAGACGCAGUACAGCACGAGAGUGGUAACCAGGACCAUCGUGAGGACGGAGAAUGGGUCUGAGCUGGGUGCAUCGAUGUCUCCUCCAUCCUCGAUGGAGAAUGAAACCAGCAUCUUGGAAAAUGUCACUCGGGCCUUGGGCACCCUGCAGGAGGUGCUGAGCUUUGAGGAGACUGUGCCUGUGCCUGGUUCUGCCAAUGGCAUCAAUGCCCUGGGUCUUGUCGUCUUCUCUGUGGCUUUUGGGCUGGUCAUCGGUGGCAUGAAACACAAAGGCCGAGUCCUGAGGGAUUUCUUCGACAGCCUCAAUGAGGCUAUUAUGAGACUGGUGGGCAUCAUUAUCUGGUACACACCUGUGGGCAUCCUGUUCCUGAUUGCCGGUAAGAUUCUGGAAAUGGAAGACAUGGCAGUCCUUGGAGGUCAGCUGGGAAUGUACACACUGACUGUCAUCGUGGGCUUGUUUCUCCAUGCUGGCGGUGUCUUGCCCCUCAUCUACUUCCUCAUCACCCAUCGGAACCCCUUCCCCUUCAUUGGGGGUAUGCUGCAGGCCCUCAUUACUGCCGUAGGCACCUCUUCCAGCUCUGCGACUCUGCCCAUUACCUUCCGCUGCCUGGAGGAGGGCCUGGGUGUGGACCGCCGCAUCACCAGGUUCGUGCUGCCUGUGGGAGCCACCGUCAACAUGGAUGGCACCGCACUCUAUGAGGCCUUGGCCGCCAUUUUUAUUGCUCAAGUCAACAACUACGAGCUCAACUUGGGCCAGAUCACCACAAUCAGCAUUACGGCCACAGCAGCCAGUGUUGGGGCGGCUGGCAUUCCCCAGGCCGGUCUGGUCACCAUGGUCAUUGUGCUCACGUCUGUUGGCCUGCCUACAGAAGACAUCACGCUGAUCAUAGCUGUGGACUGGUUUCUUGACCGGCUUCGUACGAUGACCAAUGUGCUGGGAGACUCAAUUGGAGCAGCUGUCAUUGAGCAUCUGUCUCAGCAGGAGCUGGACCUGCAGGAAGCUGAGCUCACCCUCCCCAGCCUGGGGAAGCCCUACAAGUCACUCAUGGCACAAGAAAAGGGGGCAUCCAGGGGCCGGGGAGGUAAUGAGAGUGCCAUGUGAGGGGCCUCCAGCACAGCAGGGAGGAGGGAAGGGGGCUGGUGAGGAGAGCCCUGGGGGUAAUCUGCUACCCAGUGACAGUGGGCUGAACACACAUGUUCUGCUUGGCUUGUUUGGAGUGGGGGAAACUGAGAUAAAGGACCAGGAAUGAAAAGUA